AUGUAUUCAGCAUCUCUUUACUCUGAAUCUCAUGAUAUAAAACAAUCAACGAAAAUUUCUAAAGAUAAUGAUACUCAAAAGCACUCUGACAGUGUUCUAGAGAAAUAUAACGUUUCUUCUUUGAUGGAUGUUUCGGUAACUGCAUUACCAUCAACAGAUGAUAAAGAAAAUAAACCGCAAGGAAAUUCAAACGAGGCGUAUAUAAAGUCUUUAGCAUGUCAAGUUUCAGAAAAUGAUUCUAUAGGGGGUUUACAACAACAGUGGGGUAGUUUACAUAUUUCAAAAUCUUCUUUUCCACAAAAGCGCAGAUAUAAAGCACCUAGGACAUAUGAUUUGUCGUAUAAUGAGGUGGUUGAUUCUCCUUAUUCUCAAAACUUUCAAAAUUAUCCAUUAGACAAGCCACUUUCCUUAAUCCCAAGUCUAACUGACCAAACAGAAAUGAAAAAUCCCCAAUUUAUAUCAACUAAUCAAAGUGGGUCUAAAAUUGAUCCUGAAAAAAUACCCUCUGAGGUUCUUGUUCACGAAAUGUCUCAAGAAAUCCAUAAACGUGAAUUAUUUUUUACUAUGGAAUCACAUUUUCUUCCAAAAGCAAAUACGGAUUUUAUUGCUGUAGAUCAGGGAGUUUCUUCUCCAAAAUUUGUUCGUUUGACACUUAGGAGUAUACCGGAUACGAAAGAGUUAUUGAUGUCUACUUUUUUACCUAUUUCUAUGGUUAUUCAACCAUUUGCUCAACAAAAACCUGAAGAACAUCCUAUUCCUUUAAUAGAUUAUGAGGAAAUGGGUCCACCUAGAUGUAGAAGAUGUAAAGGAUAUAUUAAUCCGUUUAUGAAUUUUGUACAAGGAGGAUCAAAAUUUGUAUGUAAUAUGUGUUUGUUUCCGAACGAUGUUGGUGCAGAAUGGUUUUCUCCUUUGAAUGGUAUUGGAAAGAGGCAAGAUUUGGACCAUAGGCCUGAGCUUAAAUAUGGUACUGUGGAAUUUGCUGUUCCUAAAGAAUAUGAAACAUGUCCUUCCGAACCUAUAAAAAUGAUUUUUGCUAUUGAUGUUAGUGAAAUAGCUAUUCGAAAAGGGAUACCGAAAGUUGCUUCUGAUGCUAUUAUUAAAGCUUUAUAUGAGCCUUCAGAUAGAUCUUUUCCUUCUGGUUCUAAAAUUAGUAUUGUCACCUUUGAUCGUGUUUUGCAUUUUUAUAAUUUAACUUCUUCAUUAAGUGAUCCCCAAAUGCUGGUUGUUUCGGAUAUAGAAGACGCUUUUAUUCCUUUACUUGAAGGACUAUUUGUUGAUCCGUAUGAAUCAAGACAUAUUAUAGAAAGUGUUUUAUGUUCUAUUUCAAAACUGUUUAAUAGUUUUCCAGUUCCGGAACCUGCAUUUGGUGCAUUGGUUCAAUCAUCUCUUGUUGCAUUGGAAAAAACUGGUGGAAAAUUAAUUGCUUUCUUAAGUGCAUUACCUACAUGGGGACCAGGGAAUCUUAGAUUUAGAGAAGAUUCCAAACUUUAUAAUACAGAUAAUGAAAAACAAUUAUUUACUUCACAGAAUGUUUAUUGGAAUAAUCUUGCUAAAAAGUGUUUGAGUGCUGGUAUUGGUGUAGAUUUAUUUCUUUUUCCAAGUCUUUAUAUGGAUGUUAGUACAAUAGGGGUUUUGGCAAGUGUUACUGGUGGUGAAAUAUAUUAUUAUCGAGAUUUUAUAGAAGAACGUGAUGCAUUUAAAGUCAUUAAAGAAUUUGUUAGAAAUGUCACUCGUGAACAAGCAUAUCAUGUUCAAAUAAAAGUUAGAUGCUCAAAUGGACUAAGUGUUGAACGGUAUAUUGGAAAUUAUAUACAAAAGAAAUCAUCAGAGUUAGAGCUUAGUGUUAUUGAUUCUGAAAAGGCAAUUUCUGUUAUUUUUACGCAUGAUAGUAAGUUAGAUCGAAAAUCUAAUAUUUAUUUUCAAUGUGCAAUAUUAUAUACGACAGCAUCUGGUUAUCGUCGUUUAAGAUGCUAUAAUAUUGUUGCAUCUGUAUCAUCGAAUGCAAGUGAUAUUAUUAAACAUAUAGAUAUAGACACGUGUAUUACAGUAUUGGCUAAAGAUGCUUUAGUUAAAAUUAAGAAAAAUUCUCUUAAGCAAGUCAGAGAUGAAUUAACAGAAAUAUGCAUUAAUGUAUUAGCAUGUUAUCGAAAAAGUAUUUCAUCGUCUGUACCUACUUCUCAGUUAGUUCUUCCUGAAAAUUUAAAAUUGUUUCCUAUAUAUAUAUUGUGUUUAUUAAAAUUACCUGCUUUAAAGAGAAUAGGCGGAAAUAUUCAAAGUGAUUUACGAAUGCAAAAUGCUCAUUAUAUACUAGUAGUAGGUGUUUGUGCGCUUAUUUCUUUUAUAUAUCCUCGGAUUCUACCAUUACAUAAUUUAAAAGAUGAUAUGGGAUUUCCUGACGAGAAAGGGAAUUUGGUUCUUCCUAAAGCUAUUAGGGCCUCUUCUUCGUAUUUGGAUGAAGGGGGUGUUUAUCUAAUAUUUAAUGGGUCUGAUUCUAUUUUGUGGUUUCAUAAUGGUGUAUCACCUGAUCUGUUAAGAAAUCUUUAUGGAAAUAGUGUUUUAAAACUUUCGGAUAUUGACGUCCGUUCUGCUCUUUUGCCAAAUUUGGACACUCGACUUUCAAUUCAAAUUAGAAAUAUUUUUCUUUAUUUAAAUGCUUUUUACCCUGGAAAAGCUUUAAUGGCGUAUGUUUCACGACAAGGACUUGAUGAAUCUGCAAACGAAUUCAUGGCUCAGCUUGUAGAGGACAAACAUAGUAAUUCUCUGUCUUAUGUAGACUUUUUAUGUUUUAUUCAUAGGCAAAUUCAAUUAGAGCUUUCAGGAAAUCGUCAUAUGUAUGAUUUUAAAGACAAUUUCCUCAAAUCAUGGCAAGGGCGACUAUAA